GUGUGUUGGUCGGAACGGUUGCUGCUACGGUGUGGGUAGCGUGUUUUUGGCUGUUUGGGGUGCCCGGACGUACAGUACCAGAGCGAAACACGAUGUGAUCGAGUUUGUAGCAUCCGUUCCCUGUUCGUUUGGACUCGUCAUCUCCGAAAACUGAGCUUGAACGUGUCCCACUCGUUGCUGCCGUUGAUGCUCGGGCUGGCGUGCCCGGGCAACGGCUUGUCCCUGCGAAUGAUUGUCACGAUUGAUGGCAGUCACCACCCCGGCGCCGACGGUUGCUGGAACCGUGUUGCCCACUCCAGUCACCACCCCGGCGCCGACGGUUGCUGGAACCGUGUUGCCCACUCCAGGUGACUCCCACGUGCAUGAUUGUCUGAGGGUGGUCUGGAAUGCUUGAUGAUAUUGUGUGUUGGUCGACUCGCUUGCUGCUAUGGCGUGGGUAGCGUGUUUUGGGCUGUCCGGGGUGCCUUGACGUACAGUACCCGAGCGAAACACGAUGUGAUCGAUGUUCUAGCAUCCGUUCCCUGUUCGUUUGGACUCGUCAUCUCCGAAAACUGAGCUUGAACGUGUCCCGCUCGUUGCUGUCGUUGAUGCUCGGGCCCGCGUGCCCGGGCAACGGCUUGUCCCUGCGAAUGAUUGUCACGAUUGAUGGCAGUCACCACCCCGGCGCC